AUGAAUAAUGAUUACGAUAAGAAAAUCUAUGUAGAUAAUAGCAAAAGCAAACCCAAAAAUUUACUAGUAGGUAGUAUGUCUGGAAUGCAAGGGUGUCCCUUAAAGGCUGCUACUUCGAAUUCUGUAAGACUCUAUCAUGUAACGCGCCUUGAUCCACAAACAGAUGAAGUGGUUCUCUCUGAUUAUUUGAAAGCAGUUGCUCCAAGUGUAAAGGUCGAGAGGUUGACAGCCAGAUAUCCGGAGAGGUACUCAUCUUUCAAGGUUUAA